AGUAUCGCCCGGAUGUUUGUAAACACUAAAUGAGAGCUAAAAAUAGCUUAGCCUACUCUCAUUUUUAUGAUACUGAGUACAAGAAUCGCAUCAGUAUUUUGUCGCGUUCGAAUUAUAUUCAUCUACCUCAGACAGCCAUUUCGGUAGGAAUUUUUGUAUUUUAACACUAUGAUGUAUAUUUCGAUUAUUUAUUCUUAGCAAAUUGAUCUAGAAAUCAUUAACCUCUGUACAUUUUUUGCAUAAUAAACGAGUGACUCAGUGACUAGUCCAACAAAUACAAUAUAACUUUAACAGUCGAUAGAUAUAUAAAGAAUAAUAAUAUAGAUUAUAGAAUAAAGAAGUUGAGCUAGACCUACCUAACCUAGCUACCAGAGUAAUUCUAAACAAUAACUGUAUUUAGGUGAGAAGAAGAACUAUCUACUAUUUCCAUUCUUUACUUAAGUGUUUCCAUGUACUCUUCAAUAUUUACGUUUUUGUUCAGUCCUUAAAACUUUUAAUUAACAUUGUUAACAUGUUGUCCUUGUGUUUAUCUUAUGACUAUGACAGUUAUAAAUUAGUGACAGUGUGAGUACUGUGACUCACUGGAGUGUGAGAGUCAUACUCUUUCUUAGUCUAAUUAGAUUAACUUGGGUUAUAAAAUGCAUAUAUUAAAAACACUAGUUAAUCUAAGUUUCACUCAGUCUUAUUGAAGUGUAAAAAUUAAAAACUCCUUUGCCCACUGAUUUAAUUUUUAAUUUAACAUUCAUUUUGUGCCAAGUCUAAAAUAAAGUUAAAUGAAAUAGUGGCUGUAAGUAAAAGACUUAAAAAAGAAGUUGUCCUUUUUCAUAAGUCUAAGUUGAAGUGAAAUAAGAGCACAACUCAAAAGUCCUAUCAUUUUUCACUAUUCUUGAGUAGAUUAGGACUUGCUUCAAUCGAAGUUAUAAAAUUUACAGGAAAUAUAAAAAUAGUAGGUCUACAACCUUUGGGACUUUUUGAACUACAAAAUUUAAAAAAAAAAUAGUGAUAUCUACAGUAUUUCCUAAGGCUAAGGUUUCUUUACGUCAUUGUCUUGCCAUUUAUAUGUUCAAUAUAAAAAAAGAACAUAAGUAGUCUUGAUCUAACAAACUAAUUUUUGUUGUGACAUUCCACUGACUGAUAUCAGUAAAAUUAUAGUGAAAACUGGGGUAAGAAAUUAAAUAAACAUAAAUGCCAUAAGUAAGAAUUCUGUAGAUUUUAAAAACAUUUUCAUAUUUGUAGCAUUUGAAAGCAAAAUGAAUAAAAUGUCUGAUAAAGUACACAAGGCUGUGUAUUUUAUAUCUGAAAUUUAUAAGUAACAUCAAUUUGGCUUCAAAAGACCAAGCAAGGCUGAUUAUCAUCAAGCAGCUUUUUCAGCAAGUGAAAGUUGAAUGCUGUUGUUCAGCAUUACUGCUUGCCAUACUUCUGCAAGAUAUCCGUUUCACACCUCCUUGACUUAUUUAACUGUCAGUUUGACAGCAAGACACGUUGGAAAGUUCUUCAGCUCAGCUUUCUGUCAAUGUUGUUGAUGCUGGCCUCCUUUAUAUCUUACUUUUACUCAAUCUUGAAGCAAAGGUGUGCUUGUAAAAUAUGGCUUUGUGAUUGCAGCCUUGUUACAUUGUCUUUAUGGGACUGAGUCAAUGAAGGCACCUCUUGCUGAGAGAGUACAACAUGCUGCACAUGUUGGCAUGUUCAGGAUCUCUUAGUUCUGGAAUAUUAGUAAUGCUACCAGUACUGACGUCUCAGAAUAUGCUGCAGACAUCUAAGUAAGUGUGUUUGAGUUCCAGCUUGUGGCUUGUGUAGGUGGUCCACACCUCUCUGCCAUCCACACCUCACUGCUGUACAGAUGUAUAGUGUGGUUCCAAACCCAAAUUUAGUCACAGCUGCUCAUUUUGUUUAGUGAUCCUUCCUUUGGCAAUUUUACCCUUCAAAUUCUUAAUAGCAGGUGAGCAUGAGACGGGUGCAAGGUAAAAGAAGUACUCAACAAACUGCCAGGUUUCAGCCCUUGUAGAUGUCCGUGGGGGGGAAUCUGAUUUUUUCACAUGGUCAUUUGUCUUUUUCAUAUUGAUUGAUCUGUUGAAACUUCCUAAAGGUAUGAGAGAGAUGGUUUUCAAAGUUCUAGUGGGAUGUUAAAGUUGUAUCAAUUGGGAACAUCAGUUUACUGAUGAGAAAAUUAGUGAUGUAUCCUUAGCAGGUUGAUGGAUGGUGUUCCGAUUGAACCUGUUGUGGAUUUACACUAUCAUGUUGCACUCUAUGAAAGUAUACUGGAGGAUCAUGGAGAUAAAAAAAAAAAUGCUAAGAGCGUAGGUUUAAGAACAUAGCCUUGCUUCACUUCACUUCUAUGCAUCAUGGAUGUCCUUGUCGAAUGAAAUUUUAUCAGCAAUUUGCAGUUGUGGGGGGGGGGGGACGGGGACAGUUUGCUGCCAGCCUUAAAAAUGCUAAGAGCGUAGGUUUAAGAACAUAGCCUUGCUUCACUUCACUUCUAUGCAUCAUGGAUGUCCUUGUUGAAUGAAAUUUUAUCAGCAAUUUGCAGUUGUGGGGGGGGGGGACGGGGACAGUUUGCUGCCAGCCUUAACAGUCCACUCCAGCCAACGAAGUAAAUGCCCUCAAGUUUUUGAAAGCAUUAUAGAGGGCAUUUGCUGUAAUUCUUAUUUGUUCUCGCUUUUAGCUAUUUAUGUACUGUAUAAUAAAAAUGACAAAAGUCUGCAGAGAGUAUCAAUUAUAGAGUAUCAAUCAGAGAGUAUCAAUCAGAGAGUAUCAAUCAGACAGUAUCAAUUAGAGAGUAUCAAUCAGAGAGUAUCAAUCAGAGAGUAUCAAUCAGAGAGUAUCAAUCAGAGAGUAUCAAUCAGAGAGUAUCAAUUAUUGUGUUGUUAACCCAGCCUCCUCUAACCAUAUUUUAGCUUGGAAUUGUGUCCAGCAAGGAAAGAUCACUCUCUCUCUUUUUAGAUAAGAGCUACUCAUGGGGACUAUUGCUGGGCACUGCAUAUAGGUUUCUACUUGCUGAAACUUUCUAGUGUGUUAAGAAGAAUACAUGAAUAACCUUAAUCUACACAGCUCCCACCCUAACAUGAAGUUGGUCUCCCUUAUAGAGAGAUUCUUCGGUUGCUUCCUGCAUUAUUCUGUAGAUUGCAAAGCAGUUGGGAAGAAGGAUCUGUCUAUUUUAUCUUUGCAUUUCAAGUUAAGUAUUUUUUUAGAACUAUAUACAAGAAAUAGGUUUGCUUAACAAGUUAUAAUAAAGUGCCUUGUUGCAUUUUUGAUUCUGCUUAGGUAUCUUCACAAAAAGGACCACAACUCUGCUGUUUAACAUCUUCUGAUCGUACCAUCCUCCAAACAGAGUGUCAGCACAGUGUGUCUUUUGUGGCCAGGAGGAGUUCAACAUUUAAAAUGUUUGGUUUUUAUUAAGGGAGCUUAACCUACUUGUGCCUAUAGUGAUUUACCCAUCUUAAAUAUCCUUCUUAAAGGUAAGCGUAAUCAAAGUUAAAAUUAAAUCUCUCUAUUAGGUAAGUAGAUAAGUCAAUUCAUGUAUAGAAUGCUCUUGUUGGGACUUCACACUCACACAUAAAAAAGGUUUCAUUAUUUAAAAAAACAUUAAUUUCCUUAGUUUCUAAAGUGGUUACAAACAAAACAAGACACCCCAAUUUAAUGACAUUUUUAAAAUGCAUUUUACAAAAUUAUUUCAUCUGUGCAGGAAGUCAGGACCUCUUCCUUAAGUUUGAAAGUUUUAGAACAUAUAUUUUAUCCAAAAUAAAAUUACUGGCAUAUUCCAUUUUUCAAAAUCAAGAAAGUCACAAAGAUUUAGUUGAAGGGCCCAGGCUAGUUACUGCACUAAAAUGGUAACUGAUUGUUUGUGGUGGGCUAGUUGAAGGGCCCAGACUAGUUAUUACACUAAAAUGGUAACUGAUUGUUUGUGGUGGGCUAGUUGAAGGGCCCAGACUAGUUAUUGCAUUAAAAUGGUAACUGAUUGUUUGUGGUGCGCUAGUUGAAGGGCCCAGACUAGUUAUUGCAUUAAAAUGGUAACUGAUUGUUUGUGGUGCGCUAGUUGAAGGGCCCAGACUAGUUAUUGCAUUAAAAUGGUAACUGAUUGUUUGUGGUGGGCUAGUUGAAGGGCCCAGACUAGUUAUUGCAUUAAAAUGGUAACUGAUUGUUUGUGGUGGGCUAGUUGAAGGGCCCAGACUAGUUAUUGCAUUAAAAUGGUAACUGAUUGUUUGUGGUGCGCUAGUUGAAGGGUCCAGACUAGUUAUUGCAUUAAAAUGGUAACUGAUUGUUUGUGGUUGUAGAAAACAUUUACUUUAUUAUCAACCUCUCAUUCCACUGCUACACUACAUUACAACUUUAAUAAUAAACUCUGUUUUAUUUCAUCAUCAGAGCUAAUUAAAUGAGAGUAAAACCAGUGGCGUAGCUAGUUUUAAUGCCGCUCGGGGCGGGCAAAGAUUUUUGCCGCAGCGACCAUGAAAAAACCUUGUAGUUCGACGAAAAUGCCCCCCCUCAGUAUAUAGAAGAAAAGUGCCGCCCGGGGCGGACGGCCCCUGUCGCCCCAUUAUGCUACGCCACUGAGUAAAACUAUCUGAACUGGUCAAGUUAGCAUCACAACUUUUUAUCAUAAACAAGCAGUAAACAAGUUUUGUAAAUCUUUCUCGAGUUAUGUCCCAUGAGAACAAUGUAAGAUCUUAACUUUUGGUUAUAAAUUACUUGGCUGACUACUCUUUUUAAAAUUUGUCAAGCUUUAUUUACAAACACAGCUGUGCACAUCAAUACUGGCCAGCUGCAGCCUGGACAAUUCAUGCAGAUAAGAAUUCAGGCACAUGUUGUAUUACGCAGUUUCUUUUUUUUUUUUCUUUUUUUUUUUCCGAUGUAGAAAAUUUCGUCUGUUGUGUACAUAAUAUUGUUUUCACCAAACCAAAUAGGUCAAAGUUCCUAUUUGAUAAGGAAAUAUAAAGUUCAAAAAUUCAUUGUAGGUUUAAUUGAAAAUGAAUUUGAUAAUACUAUUUUAACAUUUGAGUUCUUACAGUCGACCAGGAAUUGUUAAUUUUGAUUAUCCUCAUUUUAUUGAAUUUGAAAUUUAAAAAAAAUGGUUUCAGUGCAGCUGUCAGGUUGGGAAGGCUCUAUUGUUAUGACAUUUCCAUGGUGUACUAGUGUUAUGACAGCUCUACUGUGUACUAGUGUUAUGACAUCUCUACUGUAUACUAGUGUUAUGACAUCUCUACUGUGUACUAGUGUUAUGACAUCUCUACUGUAUACUAGUGUUAUGACAUCUCUACUGUGUACUAGUGUUAUGACAUCUACUGUAUACUAGUGUUAUGACAUCUCUACUGUGUACUAGUGUUAUGAUAUCUCUACUGUAUACUAUUGUUAUGACAUCUCUAAAGGGUACUAUUGUUAUGACAUCUCUACUGUGUACUAUUGUUAUUACAUCUCUACUGAAGUUAAGAUUUUAUUGCAAGCCAUUCUAUCUGUUCAAAGUAAAAGACAUAUUUUUUUCCACAAGAUAGUUCUAUGCUUCAUCAGGGCAAAGAUUAAAUUUAAAAGUAAUUUCUAACAACUUGACCCCUUAAUGUAAAUGAGAAGUUUCAAUUUUUAAUGUACUGAAGUCUGAGAAUGAAAUUUUUAAAAUGACUUUAUUUAAAUUCGGUUUUCCACCUGUUUUGAGAGCUACUAAUGACAUUACAUCUACCUGCUAUUGAUAACAUUCAAAUGAGGGACUAUUUUAACUUAUUUCAAAGGUCUCAUAAAGUAAAAGGCUAAAAAAAUUGUUGGCAUGAAAAAAAAAUCAAUUAAUUCAAAAAACUGUUUGGCUGCAACUGUUAACUUUAAGAGAAAACGACUUAUUUGUAUUACAUAGUUCCAAAGAUUGCAUUUAUAUUUUAGAUAAAAUUGUUUUUUAAUAAUUAGUCGCUUUGUGCCAGUAUUGGCAACAUUAGUAUCAUAGAGGCUCACAGCACAGAGCAGGGUCACAGCACAGAGCAGGGUCACAGCACAGAGCAGGGUCACAGAGUAGGGUCACAGCGUAGGGUCACAGAGCAGGGUCACAGAGUAUGGUCAAAGCACUGAGCAGGGUCACAGACCAGGGUCACAGAGUAGGGUCACAGCACAGAGCAGGGUCACAGCACAGAGCAGGGUCACAGCACAGAGCAGGGUUACAGCACAGAGGAGGGUCACAGCACAGAGCAGGGUCACAGAGCAGGAUCACAGAGCAGGGUCUCAGAGUAGGGUCACAGAGCAGGGUCAAAGCACAGAGCAGGGUCACAGACCAGGGUUACAGAGUAGGGUCACAGAGUAGGGUCACAGAACAAGGUCACAGAACAGGGUCAGAGAGCAGGGUCAGAGAACAGGNCGUAGGGUCACAGAGCAGAGUCACAGAGUAUGGUCAAAGCACUGAGCAGGGUCACAGACCAGGGUCACAGAGUAGGGUCACAGCACAGAGCAGGGUCACAGCACAGAGCAGGGUCACAGCACAGAGCAGGGUUACAGCACAGAGGAGGGUCACAGCACAGAGCAGGGUCACAGAGCAGGAUCACAGAGCAGGGUCUCAGAGUAGGGUCACAGAGCAGGGUCAAAGCACAGAGCAGGGUCACAGACCAGGGUUACAGAGUAGGGUCACAGAGUAGGGUCACAGAACAAGGUCACAGAACAGGGUCAGAGAGCAGGGUCAGAGAACAGGGUUACAGAGCAGUGUCACAGCGCAGGGUCGCAGAAUAGGAUAACAGCAUAGAAAAGGGUAACAGCAUAGAGCAGGGUAACAGAACAGAGUCACAGAAUGUGGUAACAGCAUUUAAUUACACAGAACAUAGUGACAGAAAAGAACUGUUUUUUCCAAUGUUUCUGCGCAAAUAUUUAAAAAAAUCUUUGCACAUUCUUAUAUAAAAUGUUCCCUGUUCAUAUCGUCCUUUAAACUCCUAGAAAGUAACUAAUGGUGUGCUGAGCUGUGAAUCAGAUCCCUAGAAAGUAAAGUAACCAUUGGUGUGCUGAGCUGUGAAUCAGAUCCCUAGAAAGUAACCAAUGGUGUGCUGAGCUGUGAAUCAGAUCCCUAGAAAGUAAAGUAACCAUUGGUGUGCUGAGCUGUGAAUCAGAUCCCUAGAAAGUAACCAAUGGUGUGAUGAGCUGUGAAUCAGAUCCCUAGAAAGUAACCAAUGGUGUGCUGAGCUGUGAAUCAGAUCCCUAGAAAGUAACCAAUGGUGUGCUGAGCUGUGAAUCAGAUCCCUAGAAAGUAACCAAUGGUGUGCUGAGCUGUGAAUCAGAUCCCUAGAAAGUAACCAAUGGUGUGCUGAGCUGUGAAUCAGAUCCCUAGAAAGUAACCAAUGGUGUGCUGAGCUGUGAAUCAGAUCCCUAGAAAGUAACCAAUGGUGUGCUGAGCUGUGAAUCAGAUCCCUAGAAAGUAACCAAUGGUGUGCUGAGCUGUGAAUCAGAUCCCUAGAAAGUAACCAAUGGUGUGCUGAGCUGUGAAUCAGAUCCCUAGAAAGUAACCAAUGGUGUGCUGAGCUGUGAAUCAGAUCCCUAGAAAGUAACCAAUGGUGUGCUGAGCUGUGAAUCAGAUCCCUAGAAAGUAACCAAUGGUGUGCUGAGCUGUGAAUCAGAUCCCUAGAAAGUAACCAAUGGUGUGCUGAGCUGUGAAUCAGAUCCCUAGAAAGUAACCAAUGGUGUGCUGAGCUGUGAAUCAGAUCCCUAGAAAGUAACCAAUGGUGUGCUGAGCUGUGAAUCAGAUCCCUAGAAAGUAACCAAUGGUGUGCUGAGCUGUGAAUCAGAUCCCUAGAAAGUAACCAAUGGUGUGCUGAGCUGUGAAUCAGAUCCCUAGAAAGUAACCAAUGGUGUGCUGAGCUGUGAAUCAGAUCCCUAGAAAGUAACCAAUGGUGUGCUGAGCUGUGAAUCAGAUCCCUAGAAAGUAACCAAUGGUGUGCUGAGCUGUGAAUCAGAUCCCUAGAAAGUAACCAAUGGUGUGCUGAGCUGUGAAUCAGAUCCCUAGAAAGUAACCAAUGGUGUGCUGAGCUGUGAAUCAGAUCCCUAGAAAGUAACCAAUGGUGUGCUGAGCUGUGAAUCAGAUCCCUAGAAAGUAACCAAUGGUGUGCUGAGCUGUGAAUCAGAUCCCUAGAAAGUAACCAAUGGUGUGCUGAGCUGUGAAUCAGAUCCCUAGAAAGUAACCAAUGGUGUGUUGAGCUGUGAAUCUUAAGCUGCGUAAAACACUAAAUACUACAGAAAUAUUUGUAAUAGUUGCAGGAGUUGAAAAACUGAACUUAAAUAAGAAAACCUUAAGUACCCGGUAGUCAGUGGCGACGUCAUCAAAUUUAACAUGGCGGGUCCCUUGCAGGCUUUAAAAAAAUUUGGCGGGUCCCAAAUAAAGGUAUUAAAAUUAAAAUUUAUUUAUUAAGUAAUAUUUAUUAAUCUACUAACUUAACCCAAAGCUUACAUACAUUGUCAAUUGUCAUAAUAAAUUUAUUUGAAUGUAUCAUUAUUUGUAAGGUCAAUCACGUUUAUCUAGAGAAUCCACACUCGUGACACUCCACACUAUUGACCCAUUGACUUCAGGCACACUGACACAGGACAGGCCAAAUUCAUUUCAAAAUAAUUCUACAGUUAGGAUACAUUUCCAGGAAUUUGUCCACUAUACGUUCCAAAUCCAGUUUCUUAGCCCUCUGUGAAAUUAUCGAUAUUACAGCAAUAUUUGACAAGCGCUCGUCAGUAAAAUUUACCAGGUCAUUUGCCAGGUCCCAAGUUUUUUUACCAGGUCCUGGGACCCGGCGGGACCUGGUGUAGCGUCGCCACUGCCGGUAGUAGAUACCUGAAGUACCCAGUAGUAGAUACCUGAAGUACCCGGUAGUAGAUACCUGAAGAACCCGGUAGUAGAUAACUGAAGUACCCAGCAGUAGAUACCUGAAGUACCCAGUAGUAGAUAGCUGAAGUACCCAGUAGUAGAUACCUGAAGCACCCAGUAGUAGAUACCUGAAGUACCCAGUAGUAGAUACCAGAAUAAACAAUACUUUUCUUGUUUAUCUACGUAAUUGACAUGAUCAAGAUGUAAAUAUUUAAAUCUAAGUAUUGUUCUUUUAAACAACUUCUCUUUAAUUCUUCUGUUACCGUACAUUAGAAGUGCCACAGAAAAUUAAAGAUGCUUGGAGAUAGCUUCCGAAUAGUAACAAUAAUAUUUGUACUUGUAGCUGCCACACCCUUUGAUGCAACAUGGGAUACAUGCGUGUCGAAAAACAAACAGAUUCUCAGCUUCGUCUUCUCAGGGAGCCCACCUUUCUCUCUAAAGCAGUUUUUGUAGGUAAGUCACGGAGCCCACCUUCUCCCCAAAGCAGUUUUUGUAGAUAGGAGUGAUUAUAAUGAUCUCCCAUUGAACCUUUGUCCUUCUUUACGUUUUUGUCUUGAUUUUUACCCACAUCUUUUGGGCCAGAAAUUCUCCAUCUAUUCUCAAAUCCAUCUCACAUAACAUCAUCACCUUCCCUCACAUUAUGUGCAUCAAUUUCAAUUUCCCUUACAUCAUGAUCCCCUCAAAUAUUUGUACACCACACCACAUCAUCCCCUUUCCUCACAACAUGAACAUCACCUCACAUCAUCCACCUUCCAUCACAUCCUCUAACAUCACCUCACAUUAUCCACCUCGUUAAACUAACAAAACUGACCAAUCGCCACUGAUGCAACUAUUUUUCACUUGUUUUAAGAAUUUAUCACCAUUACAUUUAGCACAGAAUAGAAAUGUACCUAUGUUCAAAAUUUAUUUAAUUUACAUUAUCAUUUUAUGUACAUUAUUUUUUUUUUCCUCUUCAGGUUUUUUUGUUGGCAUCAUUGGUAUAUUUUUAUUUGGAUCAGGUCAGUAAUUUUUUUAAACAGUUAACUCAUGUAAUUUAUACUGCUUUGUUUUGUAGAACAUGCACUCUCCCACACUUGAUGAAACCAUCUAUAGUCACAAUGCUAACUUCAGAGGACAUGUACUCUCCUACACUUGAUUAAACCAUCUUUAGUCCCAAUGUUAACUUCAGAGGAAAAGUGACUCCAUUUUAUCUGAAUGAAUGAAAUUGAAUCCAUGGAAAAAACAAAUUUACUGUAGCACACAUUUUUGUUCAAUGAUUUAUGAUUUAAUUUAAACAGCUCGUCUUGUAUUUAAAUUUGAUGUUGAAGAUUACUAAAAAAAAAACCAACAUUUUUUCCUUAGUUGUAACAGAUUAAGUUAGUAUAGUGUGUAAUAUUAUCAUGUGUGUAGUCCAAUGUGGAAUAUAGCCAUUGUGGUAGUUGAGUAGGGAAUAUUGUUGGGUGUUGUCUAGUGUGGAAUAUUAUCAUCUGUGUAAAUAAAUGACAUUUGAUGCAAUCAUGUUUUUUUGUGUGUCUGCAGAGUCAUUCAUAUUCAAGGUCUUAAUAGGACUGUGUGCUGCUGGUCUGAGCUGUUUGAUUGUUGAUAACUAUGAGGUUUGUAUGACUGUAUGUUUUAUAUUAUUUGAUUGCUGACAAUGAGGUUUGUAUGACUGUAUAUUUUAUAUUAUUUGAUUGCUGACAAUGAGGUUUGUAUGACUGUAUAUUUUAUAUUACUUGAUUGCUGACAAUGAGGUUUGUGUACUUAAUGUUUUUGUUUUUUGGGCAAUGAACAAUAAAGCUAAACUAAAAUAGUUCUCAUCCUAGUCAUCCGUAAACGGCUGUUCAAUUUUUAUUUCAUUGUUCUAGUCCACUGAAAAUAUUUUUACAAACUCUUUUAAUCUAGAUUAUGUAUUUAAUAAACUUUACUUAUUGAAUAUAGAUUAUUUAUUGAAUAAAUCUUUAAAAUUUAAAGUGAAAAGCAAAAUUUAAAAAAAAGUUUUUAGAAUAAAAAACCAUUUAUGUUAUUACAGAAAUAAUAAAUAAUGAAUAUCUACCAUUCUUGAUGUGGUCUUGCAUAUGAUUUCUAACAUUUACUCAUAAAUAUUUGUUCACAGAUUUGUGAAUUUGACAAAAGUAGGUCAGAGGUCAGGAUGACCCGUCUACACUGGUGCCAGUACAUGUUGAAUGCACUUAUCUCCCUUGGAUCACCACCCUAUGGUUGGUCACUAAUAAGAAAUGCUUUUUAAAUAAUCUCUUUCUAAUUGAUUUUAAUAUCAACUGUUCAUAUAGGUCAUUGAUAUUACAGCAGUUCACAUAAAGGUCAUUGAUUUUAAUAUCAGCAGUUCACAUAUACAAAUAAAAUUGCGCUGAACGAAGCAUUAUUUUCAUAUGAUUUAUGAGAUGAUGAAACAAAGAACUUUAAAAAAAUCAUAAAAAAGAUUUGUAUUGACUUACACGAGCGAGCCUGAUCAUAAGGAAUAUUUUACAAUAAAAUUAGUCUUUUUAAGCUGUUAGCAAAGUGUAAGCUGCAGAUGACUUCCUAAAUGUCUUUUUAUCUGAAAUUGUUUUACUCUGUAGUGAAAGCCAAAUUGGAAGAUAUUAAAGAUGUUCGUGUGGAGGAACAAGGGGGGCCAACUGGCGGGAGAGCCUAUCAAGUCAUUCUUUCGAUGGACACGGGAAUCCAGUUGGGAGUUACAGAAGUUUUUACAACAGACGAUAUUAGGUACUUUCGGGUACUUUCUGACCCAAUGGCUUCAUUACCAUCUACUAAACAUGUCCAAUGCCAGCAUUUAAUAAUAGUAUGAAGUGGAGAAAUACAGCUUGAAAUAUUGGAUUGUUCUGUCAAAGAACAAACAUAUUUCAUAAUUUUUUCUUUGAAGUCCAUUGUUUAAAAUAUUUAUUAUUCAAAAUAAUUUAAAGACAUGAAUUAAAAUGGCGAGACCUAAAAUAUUUAUUAUUCAAAAUAAUUUAAAGACAUGAAUUAAAAUGGCGAGACCGAAAGGAAUUUUAAUUAUUUCCUUUUCGUUAGGACUUGACAAAUUUAUAGUCAAAUUAAUCCAUAUAAGCUUCAGUUAUUUUUAAUUAUUACUGGUAUAUAUAAUUGACAUAUGUUUGAUCACCUCUUUAUUUGUCAGUGAACACGAAGGUAUUGCUAACUUGAUUCGUUCCUUUCUUGGUGAUAUCCCACCUCUUGGCAUUAUUGACGAGGCUGAUGAUGAACAAGAAGAAGUAAGCUCAUCGGAGGAUGAUUUUGAGCAAAUCUCGCAAGCAGACCUCGCCGGUAUAGAUGAGGAUGUGGCACAAGGUGCCGGUGAUGCUGCACCGGUGGAUGCUUGCGAGGACAAGGAUGAGGAGAUCCCUGCCGAGCCAGAGUGUGAGAAUGAAGCUGUCUUGGAAACGACCAGUUGAGGGGUUCAAAUCAUUAGGAUUAUUUCAGUAGUAUUGACUUGGCCUCGGUUCCCGGUGGUAUAACUAGCUCACCACACUAUGAGAUUUUAUGGAUCAGAAACAUUUCUAAAGAAACAAAACAUUGGAUAGGAUCAACGUUUAGAAGAUUUUUUUUUUAAAAAUGGAAGAAAGAAAAGAAAUAAAAAUUACAACUUGAAUAAGUCCUCAGAGCUGACUUGCUUUUGCUGCUGAGAUAAAAAUAAACAAUCUCAUCUUUAAGAAAUCUCACACUUUUAGGCUCUAUUGCCUUUGCAUUAAUGUGAAAAUCCAAAUUUUCAGAAAAUGUUAGUGCUAUAAUGUCAUCCACACAUUUUUUUUAUCUUAUGGUUUCAUUUAACUGGUAUAGUUAAUUGUAUUUUUUUAAAUGCAGGAAAUCAAUACUAAAAAAAAUUGCUGUUUAGCUAUCAUUAUUACAUGUGAAUUGAGCAAUAAUUCAUUUGAAGACUAGUUAUUUCCCUGGAAGCACCUGAAUUUUUGGCGAAGUGAAUAAUUUUGCCGUUGAAGGAUUGUGAUCAAAAUUUAGAGUGUGUAAUUGUGGUUCUUCACUCCAAUGACUCACUUUGAAAAAUUAUGUGAAUUUUAACCCCCAAAAAUUUUAAAAAAUUCAAAGUACCUUGUCUUUGCUGGACAUGCCUCUAGAUUGUAAUAUCAGGGACAUAACUAUAUUCUUCAAGAUGAAAUUGGCAGUGGUCACUUUCUGCUUUAUUAUUUAUGUUAUUCAGAAAAUUAAGUUAUAGUUUUCUAUAAAAAAAACAACAUCCAAAUAUAAGAUUUUUCAAAGUUGAAUGGUAAAGUAGGUUUAUGAAGGCAGACAAUUAAUUCAUUGAUUUAUUUUCUCCACUGUUAUUAUAAGCAAAAUGUGUUUUUCUCUUGAAGUUACUUUGUUUGUCUUUUAAACUUAAUGUCUGUAUCUCCCUAUCUUAGCACGGCUGCCACUUUAUUAGAUUCUGGUGGCCUCCCUUGCACAUCAUAGCCCUUGUCUUGUGCUUCUUUCAUCCGCCGCACAUUGCAACCCAUUGGUCAUCAUUUCUUUUGCAAUAAAUUGGCUUUUGUCCGCAUUGGUUCACCUUGGUAGUGUUAAUCUCUCCAUUAGCUUAGAUCUCACACAAGGCAGCUGGUGAUAGAGGGCCAAAGUCCUUUGACCUUUUGGGCUGCAACAAUAAAAUGGCCACCUUAUUCUAUAUGUGCAGGAAUGGAUUGGAUUGACUUGAUGGCCUAACAGUAUACUAGUAACAUUGCCUUAUGAUGAAAACAAUGAGGGUACAUUCAAAGAAUUUGUCUAUUUAAAUCUGUGAGGUCUGCAUGCAAACAUUCUCCAGGUCUGUACAAAUAGUGGCAAGCACGAGGAAUUUAUUUGAAGGUUAACUUUGUUAAGCACUGCCAAUCUGUAAAUGGUCAUCUAAAAUGACCAUAACUGGUUCAGUGUGCUGUUGUGUUUCUUCUUUUUUCUCUAGAAACCCAAAACACUUGAAACCUGAACUUGAAACUUUUAUUAAGUGGAUUUGACCUUUUUUUUUUAAAAAGUGCUUGAAUGUAAUUAUAUUGCUGUUGAUUUAAUCAACCUUUUCAUGUUUACAACUACUGUGGUCAUUUUUAUUUUUCUUAAAAAUUGACAUUUUAAUAUUCCUAGUGCAGUUGUGACCAUAACAACAGCUGACGACCCAACUGCAGUGUCUAAUAAUUUUAGAAAAUAUGUUUAGUAGUUGAAACAAAACGAGAAAAAAAUUCUCCAGUAGAUUGAUGUCAAACCCAAAUCUGAUAUAGUUAAAAGUAAGUUGUACUGUAAAUAUCUAGUAUGGCCUAUCAAAGUUGUAAGAAUUCAUCUGAGCAGUUUCUUUUCAGUUCUGUUGCCCUGUCUGUCAAACAAUGUACAUGGAAAUAAAAUUGCAGAAUAACUCAUGGCUAAUUUGACUUAAUUUUUUUCAGUUGUUAUUAAUCAUCAGCUCAACAGUUGUUCUCUCGCCCCCCCCCCCCCCCCCCCCCCCCAUUGAUUCUGAUGAUUGAUAUUUUGAUUGAUAUUUUCUCCAUUAGUUUUACUCUUCAAACUAUGGGUUUAAAAGAAAAUAAAAACAUAUAAUUUAUAGUUUUGUUGUUUAAAUUUGAGAAAAGUAUACAAUUGAUAAUUUAAAAAAAAAAAAAAUUAAAUAAAUUAUAAAUGGAUAACAUAUUCAACAAAAAAAAAGAGCAGUAACUAGUACCCAUAUUCUCUCCACACCUGAAAACAAACAAAACAUUACAAUUUUUUACAAAUUGAUUAUAUACUAUAUAUAUUAAAAAACUUCUUUGUUGACAACAGAAUUUUACAAAUUAUCUUUUUUCGUUUCACUUAUAAUUUAUUAGUUUAUGGUUGAAAAGUUUUUUUUAGUUGACAUAUAAAUUUACUGAGUAUGGUCAUUUCAAUAUGUUGAUGUAUUUACAGCCUCACAGGUGGACUAACAUUCAACAUAUUGUUUUUAACCAGUAGAUUAUGUUUUGGUUUUAUUUCCACCAAUUUUUAAUUAUUACUGGAGGAAUUUUUAAGGAAAUGCUUUUAGCUAUUUGAUUCCUGGUAAUGUGAAUUUCCUGGUAAUGUGAAUUUCCUGGUAAUGUUGAAUGUAUGCUUAAAACUUUGGAUAUGGUUUUGAAUUAGUAUUUAGAAUCUUUCUUUUUUUCGUUGUUGUUAAUAAUGAAUGCAGUACUUAAUUUUGUUUGUUAGAUUUUGUUUGUAUCACCUCCCCUUGCCCCAAUUUUUUUAAAAACAUGUUUACCAGUUUUUUAAAAUCAAUUAAUUUCUCUAUUAGGGAAUACCAUAAGAAAUGUUACUGUUGCUCAAUUUGAAAUUUAAAAAAACCCACCUCAAAUAUGAUUAUUAUUGAAAUUAAUUUGGAUGAAUCAAAAUAUUUGUAUUGUACAAGCACAAAAAUAGCAAUUUAAAUAAAUACAAAAUGAGGUAAAAUAAAAAAAAAAACUAUGACAGUGAAACUUUUUAAGAAUGAUUAUGGCUUUAAGUUUUAUUUUAUUAUUUUGAAAACUAUCUACCUGUACUUUCAUUUUUGAAAACAGUUCUUAAAUUAUUGAUGAGCUGGGGUAAAAAUUGAUUUCUAGCCAAGAAUCUGCCAUAUUAGCUGGGGUUGCCUCCACAUAACCAAGACAUUUUUGGUCUUUAUUUGUACUCACUGUUGUUGGUUCUUGUGAAUUUAAUCAUGUGUAUAUUUUUUAUCAUCAAAUAAAUAAAGUUUGCAACAAAUUA